GUGUCGGUGUGUGUGUUUGUCUCAACGUUACACGAAACGUGUCUCCUCUCAGCAAAGACACACAAACGUGAGACGUGCUAGAUAACGUUUUUGUUUUUUUUCUUGGUUUUGAAAGUUUUCUUUUUGCCGCCUUAAGAUUGUUACGGUUUUAUACUAUGUAUAUUAAAACAUUCCGCUUGUAAAACGUAAUAUUUAUCCGCCAGGAGCAGCCGACUUCGUUUCUACUAAAGAGUGUCCGCUUCUCCUCCCCUCGAUGAAGCGCUGCGAUGCCCUCUGAUUUUAUAUCCCUCCUUAGCUCGGAUAUCGACCUCAAUUCCCCCAAAUCUCUAUACUCUAAAGAGUCGGUAUAUGACCUCCUCCCCAAAGAACUCCAGCUCCAGCCAUCGUCCACCCAGACAGACCCACCCACCAUGAGCCAGAAUAGUGGGGGAGAGGCAGGACCUCCCCCCUCUGCAGCCUUGGCGUCAGAUGCCACCUCUUCCACCUCCAGCCCUUCUGCCUCUUCCUCCCUCGCCAUAGGCGUUACAUCCUCUGGCCCCUCUACCUCAUCGUCAGACCAUCUCAAGGUUGCCCAGCAUCUCCACUCCAGCGGAGGAGAUGGCGCUGGUGUUUCAGAGAUGCAAGGUGCGGAGGGCGCCCCCAGCAGAGGCAGCAGUGGAGCAAACGCCACAGUAGGGGAUGUAGGGCCAGGAGGGUUGCCGGGGCUAGGAGUCCAGCAGCCCCAGAACACUCCAUCAAAGCGAAGGACUGUGUUGAGCAUAUCCCCACCACCUGAGGAUCUGUUUGAUGACAGCCAGAUGUCUUGCCAAGAGGAACCUACCAUAUCUGGUGCACCAGGUCCCGACUCGGAGCAAAGCAGCAGCAUGUGGGCCGAUGAUUCUGUCUCGAACUUCAGUUUGAUCAGCUCCAUCUCCUACAAUGACAACACGGAGGUGCCGCGCAAGUCUAGAAAACGCACUCCUCGCCAGCGGCCCGGUCCCAAGCCUGCUCCUCCAGAAGAUAGCAUGGAUGUGUUUGAUGCUGACAGCGCCAAAGCCCCUCACUAUGUGCUAUCCCAGCUGGGCACAGAUAAGACCAGUUCCAUAUCCAGCUCUCUCGAGUCAGGAACUGCAGUGAAAGGUGGGUCAUUGUCUGCUCAGUUCCCUCAGAGGAGUGAUGGGAAGGAGCUAAAGAUCCUGGUGCAGCCAGAGACCCAGCACAGAGCUCGCUAUCUGACUGAGGGCAGCAGAGGUUCUGUCAAAGAUCGCACACAACAAGGAUUCCCCACUGUCAAGUUGGAAGGUGUGAGUGAAUCAGUUGUGCUGCAGGUGUUCGUAGCAAAUGAUGCGGGCAGAGUGAAGCCUCACGGUUUCUACCAGGCAUGCAGAGUGACAGGACGCAACACCACUGCUUGCAAAGAGGUGGACAUAGAAGGCACCACAGUUAUUGAGAUUCCUCUGGAGCCCAGCAAUGACAUGACACUUGCGGUGGACUGUGUAGGAAUUUUGAAGCUCCGUAAUGCAGAUGUCGAGGCUCGCAUUGGUGUUGCAGGAUCCAAGAAGAAGAGUACACGAGCCAGGUUGGCCUUCAGAGUCAACAUCCCCCAGCCUGAUGGAUCAACCCUGACUUUACAGGUUCCCUCAUCGCCGAUCCUCUGCACUCAGCCAGCAGGAGUGCCAGAGAUCCUGAGAAAGAGUCUCCACAGCUGCUCCGUGAAAGGAGGCGAGGAAGUUUUUAUAAUCGGAAAGAACUUCCUUAAAGGAACCAAAGUUAUUUUUCAGGAGAACAUUACAGAUGAUAAUUCCUGGCAAGCUGAAGCAAAGAUUGACAUGGAUCUUUUCCAUCAGAAUCACUUGAUAGUGACAGUCCCUCCGUUUCACAACCAGUCAAUCACUUCUCCUGUUUCUGUGGGUAUUUUUGUGAUGACCAAUGCUGGUAGAUCACAUGAAGCCCAACCCUUCACCUACACUCCAGACUCAGCUGAUAACUCAAAUGUGCUGACAGUAAAAACGGAGGGGAUAUCCAUGGUCAAGACCUGCUUAUUUGAUACCCCGAUCAAAUCUAUGCCCUCCGAACAAACAGAAAUCUCUGACCAGACUUCCAAACGGCAAGAGGACACACCUAUGGAAGUGUCUAGCAAUCCACCAUCCACAGAGGUCUUCAAAUCAUCCCCUGACCCGCUCAUCACAGUGCAGCAGACUCUGGACCUUGGCUCUAGUCCUCAUCCAGGUGGAGAGUCCUUUCAGAGAACAAUGCCCUUACCAUCAGAAGAUGUGGACCUUCCCCAGGCACCCCCGGUCUUCCCUAGCUUAGAGUCCCUCAGCACGAUACAAAAGCAAGAAAUUGCCCCAACAACCUCCUUCUCUGUGUCAGGAGACACCACAAUACCACCUGUGACACCAGAAGUCCCCCAGCAGUUCCUUAGAGACCCCCAGGAAAGCUUGUCACCUGAGAGUUCCAGUAGUAGUGCAGGGGUGGUGGUUGUGGCCAUGCCACAGAUAGCACCUUCCUCUCAGGCGCAGCCGCAGCAGUCCCAGGUCUCCCUCUUUCCCCAGGAAGAGGUGGCCCAGCUGGAAAGGGCAGUUAGAGAACUCCAGGGAGGAAGUAACACCACACUCCAGCAGGUGUUAGAAGCAGCUGUAGCUCAGCAGCAGCUAAACUCUGUGCUGUAUAGCCCCACACCUUCUGCAGAUUCCCUUCAGCAGCAUGUCCAGGAGAACAUGAACAGCCUUAGACUGGGGAGUACAGAUAAUUCACUGUCAGCACAGCAACAGCUACAGAUACAACAACAGGAGCAGCAACAACAAAUACAACAGCAGUUUCAACAACAGCAAAUGCAGCAACAGCAACAAAUACUUGGAAACCUUCAGCAGCAACAGCAGCAAGUCAUCAACAACAUACAGAUGCAACAGCAACUUAUAUUACAGCCACAAGAGCAACAGCAAAUUAUGGAAAAUAUUCAACAACAGCAACAGCAACUGCAACAAAAUCAGCAACAGCAAGUUCUAAACAAUAUUCAACUUCAGGAUCAGCAACAACAAAAUCAUAUUCUUACCAAUUUACAGCAACAUCAGCUGCAACAGCAACAACAGCAGCAGCAGCAAAAUCAAGCGUUGAGCAACCUACAACAACAACAGCAGCAACUUCAAGAGCAGCAGGUUUUGGAAAAUUUACAGCAACACCUCCAGGCCAGCUCUCUCCUUCAACAGGCUGGAGAACUACUUACUAUCCAGACUAGCUUCCCAACACAGCCUCCUUCACACACAUCCCCCCCACAGCAACUCUUCCAGUCGCCCAGGCCCAUGGCCGAAACCCAGGGGUCCCAACAGCAGGUCCAGGCUGCCCUCAUCCAGAAUACCCUGACUGUACUGACUAGUGGCAGUCUCAACUCAGAGCCGCAGUCCACAGGAUCAACCCUAUACCUGACGCCAAACCAUCAGCCCCAGCCCCAGCAACAGCAGCAGCUGGCAUUCCUCUCCUCCAUGGAGACAUCAGCCAGCCAACCUCAGUCUGUUUCAAUGUUUCAAAAUCAACCGCAGUCUCAAAUGCAGCAACAGAGCACCCCAAUGGAUCAGCAGCAGUCCCCACAGCAGAACCAACAACAAUCAGCACAGCUUCCAAUGGGCCAGCAGGGUUCCUUAUUUCAAAGUAUUCCCAAUCACUCACAGGGCAACCCUGCACCACAGCAAACAGGUCUGCUUCUCUGCACCACAGAUCUGAACCCACAGGCUAUCGCUCCUACUAUUCUCUUUAGCACCCAGACCCAAGGUUCUUCCCCUAUGGGGACCAUUAGUGUUGGAAUCACCCAGUCAGAUACAGCAGAGCCCAUGUCCUUCCAAGACCAGAGCUCUUCGGGCAGCAACUCAACAACCACUGAGAACCAACAACAGAGCUUGUUCCAGGAACAGCAGCCAAUGCAAGUGGGCCCAAGUUCAAGCUCUGUCCAAAACAAUCAACCUGUGGAGCUGUUCAUACCACAGACAAAUCUGUCCAGCUUGCAGAGUACUAUUGGCUCACAGGACCUCAACAACCAGGCUCCAGCCCCCGCCACAACCAUUUUUGUGGUGCAGGGUGGUGUGGGUGUGGUAGCCAGCCCUGGUCAGCAGCCCCCAGAGCAGCUUUUCCAGACAUCUGUGGGUGGCAAUGUGGCUUCUCAAGGACAGGCCAGUCUGUUUGUUUUUGGCAUUCAGAAUGACUCAUCCCAGCUGCUCACGUCUUCUGGACCCAGCCAACCUGCCCAGAACCAAAUCCAGAACUCCGGUCACAUGCAGACUCUGCUGGAUCAGCCCAUGGCCCAAGCUGCCUCCCCAAUCCCAGCUACCAUGCAUAGCAGCUUGCAGAACACCCUUCAGGCACAAAUGCAGACCACCCUGGAGAAUGCAAUGCAGGCAAACACACAAACAGCCCUUCAGUCCAGUUUACAAGGAAACAUAGAAGCGAGCCUACCAACACCAAUGCAGACCAGUCUACAGACACAGAUACAGAGCAGCUUACAGAAUCAACUGCAGGCAUCCAUAUCAACAUCGUCCAGCAUGGAUAAAAUUGAGGACCUACUGGAAAGCCUACAGAAGCAGUGAUUAUUGUUUGGACCAUUGUCAGCACUUAGGGGGUGAGUGAUAUGUAUGUAGCUCAGAGUUAUACACCCUAAAAACAGCCGUGUGUGGGGGUUUGUGCCAAUGCUUAAAAAAAAAAAAAGUCAUUUAAAUAUUUAAGAAUUACUUGCCCUUUUUACUGAAAACCCAAAUCAUGAGUUCAUGUGACCUGUUUUUAAGAAAUAUUUAUCAUUAACUGUAGCCUCCAUUCAUCCAUUGUUCUUGAAUUAAUGAACCCACCUUUGUUAUUACCCCUCUUGCAGGAUCAGAGAGGCCUGUAAUAACUGCUUUAUCCAGCCGCACAAAUGCAGUGUUUUGUUGCCAGUUGUUUGUUUUUUUCUGUUUCUUUUUAAAAUAAUGUGAGCCUAAGAGAUGAUGACGGUGGUGGUAAUGAUUAUGAUGAUGAUAAGGAUAAAGAUAUUUGUGGAAAAAACAGGAAAGGGAUAAAGAAUGUCAACGACAGAGGAACGGUGACAGAGGAAUGGUGCUGUGAUGGGAGAGUGUUGUGAAGGCAGAUUUAAAAAUAAAAAAACAGUCAGUUAUGGAAGAUCAGAUUGCACAUAACUGUCAGAUAAAGGCAGAAUCUCAUUUUGAGUGUGUAAACUCCCCAAGAUUUCAUUUCACUUUGAGACAGUGGGUGUUUUUUGUGUUUUAUUUUGUCAGUUUGGGAGAUUAGCUGAUGUAAAAACAGGGAUGAAAUCACGUCACAGUAAUUAGAUUUAAACUUCUUUUGCUGUGGAGAAUAUGAACAAUCAUGCUGUUAAUAAACAGCUUACAUUUCCAUAUGUCAAAAAUGCCAUGAAAUUUGCUCCAAGAGUACAGAAUAUUAGACUGUACAGUUCUUUGUAGGAUAAUGUUUCAUGUUUUCUUUUAAUAACAUUUACUGGCAUGGGUGGAGUCUGCACUCAAGCGGUUUAUUAUUAGAGGCAGCACAGUUUAAUAUUGGUGUUGGCACCACAAGUAUGAAAUUAACUUUUAUCACAAAAAGUGUGGUAAAGACAUUGUGUUACUGAAAGCACCCUGGUGAGUUGAGGGAAUAUUGCACACUCAUAAAUGAGAUUCAUCCUGAUGAAUAAUGUGACGUGGCCUUUGCUUGGCACUUCCCAGUGUUCUCUUAUGUGCAGGCCUCAUCGCAGAGGUUGCAGAUGCUUUCUUGGUGAAAUUUUAAAUAGCAUUCAACUAUUUAGUGUGUAUAUUUUUUUUCUUUUUUCUUUUUUUUUUUUUUUGCUUUUGAAAAAGUUAACUCUUUAUCAGUUAAAUGUGGAUAGAAAAAAAAACCUUUCCACUAGUGAAAAUGGAGUGUUGUGUGGUUUUAUAAACAUUUUAUCUAAAGCACUUUAUAACCUCUUUUGUGUAACCUGCUACUCCUUAUAUCCGUCCACAGCUCUCUACUGAUCUAAGAUGAAUUUGUACUCUGAAACGUCCAGUGGGUGGGGUUAAAAAAAAAAAACAAAGAAGAAGAGAAAAAAAAUGAAAGCAGUCGUCUUUGUACAAAUAGAUACAUCAUUUUUACAUUUUCUCUCAUGUCAGAAUAUUUUUGAGGUCUAGACAACUUUGUAUAGAACGUCUGCGCACUGUUGAGUCCCUCUUUGUAUUCAGUCCCAGUGGUCCAGUCAAGUCUAUCCAAAAACAGCCAUUCCCACAAACGGCAUUGUCACUUGUCAGUGUUUGAGUGGUAACUAGGCCUUUUGUGUUUUAGACACUGACAACACAUCUGAAAUACUGAUUCGUUUAGUUUGUACAUUUACAUGAAGGAUCUUCAUUGUUUUGGUUUUUUUCUUUUGUACUAAGUCUCGGUUCUUCUCGUUGGAAUGUUUUUACUGUUGUUCGUGUUGUGUUUCGAUAUUAAGUUUUUGUUUCUGUUUGUAGCCCGUGCAGGUUGGUGCCGCAUGAAGCUGGCUCCUGUCCUUUGUGUUGUGAACAGGGGCUCACUGGUAGAUGAAAUCUGUUACAUAGAGGUUGUCAUUUUUGAUUCCAUCUUUGGUGCUAUGUAGAGGAGUAAUGGGCACUUCUGUCGUCGUGUUAGUACAGUUUGUACUAUCAAUAGCACUUGCAUUUGUUUUUAGUUUGGAAGCAAAGAGCUGGCUGUUGUUGAGGGAUCAGACUGGAGUGCACCCACCCAGGCAUACCAAAGCUCCUGAUUGUGAAUGGUCGCCAUUUUGUCCUCGCCAUCGUAACGUUUACUCAUUUGUAUUUGUUCGUUCACAUAAUGCAGCUCUCACAUGGCUAACAAUUCAGCAUGCUGGGGGGUUGUUUUGUUUUGCUCUUUUACAAGAUUUCUGAUAGUUUUGCGAAGGUACUUUGCUUCAUGGAUCAGUUUAUCUCAUUAACAUUUCCACUGAUUUGAUACAUUACUCUAUUUUUCAAUGAAGAGUUGACAUUGCUGAACUUUCCAAAUCUGAUAUUAGCCAAUUUGGCAUUAUGCCCCCCUCCCCCCCCAAAAAAGACAUGAUUUUUUUCUUGGAGACUUCAGACAUUAGAAUCGCAUUGCUCACAUGCAUUUGUUUACAUUUUCAUGGUCAUACUCUUUUAUCUUUGCAGCUGUUAGUGAUCCAUUUUAAAAGUAACUUAUCUUUUUUAGAAUUUUGUAUCCAUGUAUCAAAAUGUAGAGUAUUUUUGUAAAACUAAACUUUUUCUUUUUUGCUCAUAGCAAAGAACUAUCAUUGCUAGUGUUUUGUUGGUUUUUCCCCUGAAAUGAAGCGCAGGUUUAUUGUUAAGUCUAUGACUGAAACUAGAAAUGUAAGUGGACAUCAAGCGAUUAUGUUAGACUUAAAUCUACUGUCAUGAUAUUGACUUUACGCAAACUGUAGAACAUAACGUGAAGUUUUCUCCUCUUUUUUUUGUGCUCUGUGUGUUUUGUGUGGGCGUUUUGUAUUUUAAACUCUUUUUUGUUUUUUAACAUCAUGCAUCUCAAAUGGCACUUUGACUCGUCCAUUAACUGUAGAUCAAGUUAGAGUGCAGUAGUGAUGUUUCCAAGCAUUCCAUCCCUCUCAGUUAGGGGAGCUAAAGAGCACAUGAUGUUGUGGAAGAAGUGCGGAACAGUAAUGCCUCUUAAAGCCAUACCAACACAGAAAGCCAACCCGUGACUUCGGUUUCAUGAAUGUAAAUUUUACCUCAUGGUGUGUGGAAUGGGGCUUGCUCUACAUCUGACAUCGGACCAAUUCUAGGCUUAGAGAACAUGUAUAUUUUGAGGUGGAGGGAAGGGGAUGGGCAGGGCGGCACCAGCUGUCAUUUGUGUCACUGCACAUUGGUCAAAUUGUUUUUGAUUGUGGUGUAAUUUCAAAACCGACCAUUAGUUUUAUUAUUAUUAAUUUCAGUCCGACUUUGACGAAUAGCCACUUCACCGGGGGGAGAGGAAAAAAAAGAAACCGUGUUGAUUUAAAGGCGUUGAAAAGAGCACACAAAUCUUUGCAUAAUAUUUUUGUCCUUCAGUCAUGUAAAUGAAUAUCCAUGUAUAUUUAAAUGUGAAAUAUACUGCAGGGGUAUUUUGAAUUUCAAUUGUGAUGCUUUCAACAGAACUUUGUGUGCCUUGAUAACUUAAACGUUGCUCUGCUGUGUUUACUGGUGUCCCUUUUGUCUCAUUGCUCCUUUUUAUUCUCUAAGACUGUUUAACAUCCGAAAGCUUUUCCGUUACUUUCUCCUCCCCCUGACACGGACAUAAACGUAACUGUUAUACUUUAACAUAUUCUCAAUCCGUUGCAAGAUAUCAACAUAAUAUUGUGCAGCUUCACCAGUGAAUUGUCACCUUGUUGUUUUCUAUUGAAAAUGCUUUUCAUGCCUCAUGAGAUUUGUACAUGUGAGGUUAAAGGGACGAGACAGUGGAGAUUGUUUUUAUCGAGAACUUUGUGUUGAUGUGCUUGUCAACAUUACUAUUGUUGCUGUGAAACGCUUGAUCAAAAGGGGCAGCCAUGAUAAAUUAAAUUGCCAAUAGUGUGAGCUGUAUCUUGUGUGUAAUCAGUUUGCUCACUUUUCCUAGUUCGCUUCUAUUUCACAUUCUCCAACAGUUCUGUUGUAUCCGUUCUGUGUAGCUUGAGCUUUAGUAUCUAGCCUUAAGACCCUGCAGUAGGGAUAAAGGUCAAACCUGGCGUGUUAUCAUACAUCUGAACUAUUAUUAACAUGUAAUUUUGCCUUUGUCUGGACAUUUGUAUACUCUUUGUUUAUAUCUGUAAUCCUGCUGCUACAUUAAAUGAAUUUUGAAAAACUGAAAA